AAGUAUGCUCUCCCCACUUCCAUAAGCAUAACAAAGGAAACAUCUCAUCACACACAUACUAUAUAUAUAGUAUAAUGUGGCUCACUAUUAUUUUCAUUAACAUAAUUUAUAACAUCAUACUUUGAUUCUCAUCACAUAAUCACAUAUAUGGAACCAGAACAAUAUUUUCCUUCUCCUGCAGUACUCUGCUCAACCAGGUGGUGGACUAAGGAGACAGUGGCGGUGGUGACGGGAGGUAAUAAAGGAAUAGGGUUUGCUCUAGUGAAGCGUCUUGCAGAGUUAGGACUGAGUGUGGUGUUAACUGCUAGAGACAAGCAUAAAGGAGAGGCUGCUGUGGAGAGCAUUCGAGCACAAUUAGGCCUUGUUACAUCUCAUGUCCAUUUUCUACUUCUUGAUGUUUCAGAUCCUCAUUCUAUUCAAACCUUUGCUUCCUCCUUCAAAGCCAAAUUUGGAGCCACCUUGGAUAUUCUUGUGAAUAAUGCAGGUGUGUCAUUCAAUGAGCUAGAUGGGAAUUCAGUAGACCACGCAGAAAAUGUCAUGAAAACAAACUUUUAUGGGCCCAAAUUGCUAAUUCAGGCGCUCCUUCCCCUCUUUCGUUGCUCCUAUUCUUCUAUUACACGUAUUCUCAAUGUUAGUUCAAGACUCGGCUCUCUCAAUAAGAUGAGAAGCGCGGAAAUGACAAAAAUUCUAGAAAGUGAGGAGUUGAAGGAAGAGGAAAUCGAAGAAAUUGUGAAAAAAUUUGUAAGAGAGGUGAGAAAUGGAACAUGGAAGAGUGAAGGGUGGCCAUCAUAUUGGACAGACUAUGCAGUAUCAAAAUUGGCUCUAAAUGCAUACUCAAAGGUGUUAGCUAAAAGAUAUAACAAUAAGCAUAAGUCAUACAAAAUAGGAAGUGACACUAAAUUGAUGAGUGUGAAUUGUUUUUGCCCUGGCUUCACUCAAACCUCUAUGACUAAAGGUAAGGGCACUCACACUGCUGAUCAAGCUGCAUCUCUUGCUGCCAUCCUUACCUUGCUUCCGCCGCACCACCUGCCCACCGGAAAGUUCUUCUUGCUCAAAAAUAAUACCACCUUCCUCCAUGUUGCUAAUUCUAGGCUUUGAUUAACAUAAUUGUAAUUUAUCUUCCUUUUUAUUAAUGAGUUUAUGAUUUCAA